UUGAGACGCGUUAUAUUUCCAGUCACUCUGCAGCGUUGACAGCGUUAAGAAAUGAGCCUUUGUGUGCGUCCGUUUUGAAUAUUCAAUACAGAUAUGCAAAAAAAUCGUGACUGUCUAAUACACGCAUUUCCUUAUUCUGUUUGUAGAAACUCCCAAACUUGGAAUUCUCCUGGAAACACGCCUGGACUCCCCAUACAGAUCCGCUAUAUUAAAUCACGGUGUUUUCCACAAGUUGAAUUGUGUGCAACUAGACAAUUUAAAAACGAAUGCUUUUCUAACUUUGCCCCGAAAAAUUCAACAAAAAUGAUAGCACCGUUAGUGAAAUCCACUCUCAGUAACGACUAAUCCCUACACAUCGAUGCUUUCCGCAAUCUCCCGACUCGACGCGCUCGGAGCUCCCAACCCAGCCUGUAUCCCGGUGUCGGGCCGGAAGUUGUUCGGAUUCCAGCAAAGCUCUGUGAAGAUGGAUGUUGAAGAAUGCAAUGGCCGCUCCUAUGUCUCAGGUAGACUGGGGAUGGGGGGUGGCAGUGGGGAUUCAUCGAUGGAGAAGGAGUUUUCAGGGGUGAUGGUGGGACCCAUUGUGAGCACUCCCAACAGCCAGCAUUCCUCCCCUAGUCGAUCGCUGAGCGCCAACUCCAUCAAGGUGGAGAUGUACAGCGAUGAAGAGGCUGUCCGAAUGCUGCCCCUGGACGAGGGCAGCCGGGAGAAAGAAGAGGGUGGGGGUCCGGAGGAGGGCAUGGGCGAGCAGGGCGGAUACUGCGACCAGUCGAACCUGGAGCCCAGCUCACCCGGGGGCAUCCGCCUGCCCAACGGCAAGCUCAAGUGCGACAUCUGUGGCAUGGUCUGCAUCGGACCCAACGUACUGAUGGUGCACAAACGCAGCCACACAGGCGAGCGCCCGUUCCAGUGUAACCAGUGCGGAGCUUCGUUCACUCAGAAGGGGAACCUGCUCCGUCACAUCAAGCUGCACUCCGGAGAGAAGCCCUUCAAGUGUCCCUUCUGCAGCUACGCCUGCCGUCGCCGCGACGCGCUCAGCGGACACCUGAGAACUCACUCCGUGUCGUCCCCGACAGUCGGGAAGCCCCACAAGUGCAGUUACUGCGGCCGCAGCUACAAGCAGCAGAGCACCCUGGAGGAGCACCGGGAGCGCUGCCACAGCUACCUGCAGAGCCUGGACACCCAGCAACCUGCCAACACAGGGCAGCAGCAGCAGCAGCAGGGAGACGAGAUGAGAGACCUGGAGUUGAUGCCGGACGCUUUGAUGCACCCUUCCACUGAACGGAUGUCCUUCGUUGACCGCCUGACAAACAGCAUCACCAAACGAAAGAGGUCCACGCCGCAGAAAUUCGUGGGAGAGAAGCACAUGCGUCUGAACCUCUCGGAAGUCCCUUUUGAAUUUAACUCCAGUUUCGAGAAGGAGGUGGAUCUGGUUGGGUCUCAGCAGGGCGGGGGAGUGGGGGGAGGGGAUUCUGGGGGUUUUGGGGGAGGAGGGGGGUAUCUGACUGGCAGAGGGGGCCUGGAAGCCCUGAGACCCCUUCGCCUUCCUCCACCCCACUCCACCUGUUUCUCAGACCUCACCCCAGUCAUGAGCUCUGUCUACACCCAGCUGGCUCCCCUGGGGGUGCGGCUGGAUUGCACAGGGGCAGGGGGUCCCGGGGGGAGGGAGGCCUGCGAGGGACACGAAGACCACCACGGGGUGUCGCCUAGCAACGGCUACCACGAUUCCACAGACACUGAGAGCGUCACAGAGGACCACCAGCAACCACAGAGAGGCUCAGCCAGACACAGCCCGGGCCAGGCCAAAGAGGACAGCUACCCCCACCCCAACCCCAACCCCCAGCACACGGCCCCCCUACCCCCUCCACCCCUCACCCCCACCCAGCACCGCCCCACCAAAGCCAGCAGCCCAGCCAAAGAGACGGUGAGGGUGGUGGACGGGGAAGGGCAGUCUGUGCGAGCCUUUACGUGUGAGCACUGCCGCAUCCUGUUUCUGGACCACGUCAUGUUUACCAUCCACAUGGGCUGCCACGGCUUCAGAGACCCCUUCGAGUGCAACAUCUGUGGCUGUCACAGCCAGGACCGCUACGAGUUCUCCUCGCACAUAGCCCGGGGCGAGCACAAGGUGGGCUGAGGGAGAAGUGGGGGAGUUUGCUUCUAACCUAGGACUGCACUUACCUGUUUCUUUGUUUGCUUCUUGGAUUCCUGUUGCACUGAUUUAUGACGUUGGGGUGUGCAAAAAAGCCUGUGUUUAGCUGGCCAGGGCAUGACUGCAUUCUUAGGAUUGAAUUGGCUUCGGGGGGGAUGAAAAAUGGUUUGUUACGCUGAUCAAAGAUAUCUGACUUCAUGCCAAGCCCGCAGAUUUGUGUUCCUAAUACACAGGAGUUUGAUCGUCCAGGUUUUGUGGUCUGAUAAUCCGAAUUUUCCAGUGUAAAACUACAGGUAGACAUGUAUUGUACACUGAAGGCACUUGCCGAUCCGUUUCUGAUAGUUCUGUCCUCUACUUCAGGGGUGUCAAACUCCAGUCCUCAAGGGCCGCAGGGUCUUCUGGUUUUCAUUCCAACUUAAGCUCUUAAUUAACAUAAUUGAUCUAAUCAUUUGUUGAAUUUGACAUAUUUCAUAUUUUUCAAGGUCUUUUACAGUUGAUGGUUUUAAAAAUGCACUUGAUUCAAGGUACACGACCUGUGAAACAUUGAGGCCUGAAGAGAAGUGUUAAAUGUGUCCAGUUAAUCAAAUAUAAUUAGACCAAUUAAGUAAUUGAGAGCUCAGGUGGAACGAAAGCCAGAAGACACUGUGGCCCUCCAGGAGCUGAGUUUGACACCCCUGCUCUACUUGAUCUAACAGUCUUUUAAAGAGACAGACGUUUCCAGUAGUGUCGUCUUCAUUGUGAGGAAGGCACUGGCCGAAACGUUUGUCUGCUUCACGGAGUCUCUUAUCGUUUUACCUCGGAAUUGGAAUUGAGAAGUUGGCUGGCUCUUCCAAUCUCAGUAAGUAGGCUCUUUACAGGUGGCCACAAGCCACAAACAAUGGUUUAUUUGGCAGGGGGUGCUGGGAUAUGUACCAAAGACAGACAUGCUGUACAGGUAUAAAAUAGCUCAAGAUGCUAGAAUUACUGCAACCGAGAGCUGUAGAGCUUAACUAACCCUUUGUUUGUGUAAUGUAAAAGACCACAGAUUUCUCACGCUAGUAUCCUAGCAACUCCACCACACCCAGUCUAGCACACUUCCAAUUGAAAACCACAGUGGUCAUUUCAACCGGGAAUGUUGUCUUAUCACAGAUAGAACUGGCAUUCCUACUGAAGAGCUCAGUUAAAACAUUACUGGCAGUCUUGGAAGGGGGAUUUUAGCUACAGUGUAUAUAUUGUUUGCACAUCCCUAUUUGUGAAAGUUCUCUAUGUAGGACGUGGCAGAAGUUAAUUAUUGUUGUCUUUUUUGAUUGUUUGUUUUUUACACUGCAGUGACGCUUCGACCUUUCGUAGGUGGUUCUGCUUGUCUUUUUAUAUGUAUUUUUAUAUAUAUUUAGGUCAUACUUUGUGUCGGAGCGCCACCUGCCGGCCAGGAUGUGAAGCAGCACUGCAGCAAACUAAACAAAAAGCAGAAAUUCCCCAAAGUAUCGACAAGCCAAACAGAAUUUAACAACGAUCACGCUUGUUUUCUCCUAAAUUGCCUUUUUUUUUUUUUUUUUACAAAUAAGUUUGUCGCAUGACACUGUAAUUUUGGAAGCUGUUUGUUUUGAUCGGGACAUAUUCACUUGUUUAACAAACACAGGUUUGGGUGUGCGUGUUUUUUUUUUUUUUUUUUUUUUUUUUAUUUGUGUCUAUCCUGGGAAAAUAGUUGGAAUUUAAAUUCAGUUUAACACUCUCCAGUACUAGGAAUGGCCCGCCCCCAGUAACUACUCCAUUCCCAGUACAGGGAAUAACUGGUCACACUGGGAUGUACUUACUCAGCAGUUCACCCCCUCCCACCCUUAUUCAGCACAACCAAAACGAGGAAGUUAUCAUACCAAAAAAAAGAGUAAACUGAAAAAUUAUUCUUUUUUAAUGACAUAGCUGAGUUAACUAGCAUUGUAUACUGUACUGUAUACUUCACAACACAACAGUUUGACCCCCAGUGCUAAAGCUGAUGGGGUAUCAUUUUCUCUAAACACAGAGGAGACGAAUAGAAGGGGUUUAACAGUAAGAAACAAAGCAUAAUGUGUCUUUUUAGUGUCGUUUUCUACUGUUUAUACUGGUAGCUGUGUGGGGAUACAGGGAUGAGGGAAGCCAUGCAGUGUGCUGAGCUGUGUGGGGAUACAGGGAUGAGGGAAGCGGUGCAGUCUGCUGAGCUGUGUGGGGAUACAGGGAUGAGGGAAGCCAUGCAGUGUGCUGAGCUGUGUGGGGAUACAGGGAUGAGGGAAGCGGUGCAGUCUGCUGAGCUGUGUGGGGAUACAGGGAUGAGGGAAGCCAUGCAGUGUGCUGAGCUGUGUGGGGAUACAGGGAUGAGGGAAGCGGUGCAGCCUGCUGAGCUGUGUGGGGUUACAGGGAUGAGGGAAGCGGUGCAGUCUGCUGAGCUGUGUGGGGAUACAGGGAUGAGGUUUCAUAUUAACUGUGAAAGGUGGGCAGUCUUAAAAGAAAACUAGAGUAGUUUUAAAGUCUUAAAAGAAGCAGUUGAAAAUUUGCUUGUAAUCUAUAUUUUUAUACAGUACAGUCCGACUGUCCUCCCAUUAAAUAAGGGCUAUCGCAUUACUAUUUAUCAAAUCAAUGACACCUUUUAAUAUUUGCACAAAGUUUAAGUACGUAUAUUUGUCGGCGUAUUAAACGUUCCCUGGAGCUGUGAAAUAACUACUAAGCAUAUAAAUAUUCUUAUAAAAGGUUUGCAGCAGUCGAGAUAAUGACCACUGUGAAAUUUCUCGUUUGCUUCCUUUUAGAGACCUAGAUUUUUAUUCUCCACAAAGUGGUGUUUAAUAGCAAUGGAACUGGCUUAUUUCAUGCAAGUUUUAAACAUUAAACUGAAAGAGCCACAAGUCUGUGGACCUAGUAGCUGUAUAGCUUGGCAUGCUGUCCCGAAUAUCCUGUGUCUGUGUUGAUCCCAUUGAGGAGGGGAGAAGUGAACUGGCUGCAGGCCUGGGCUGUUUGAGUUCAGGCUACAUCCCAGUUUAAGCCAGGAUGGGAGGGGGAGGUUGUGAGUUUUUGUAUAUUUAUUUUAAAACAAUAAUGAAAGCAAGAAAGUUAAAGCUUUUCUAAAGUACUAAAGAAAUAACGAAGCACUUUUUCAAUGUCCUUUUAAAAGUUGUGUGUGUGUGUGUGCGUAAGUGUAAAAUCCUGCUUGAUAAAUUAAUAAAGAUUGAGCUUACUGCUGGUGUGUGAUGUGAGUGAGAUAAUAAUGGCAUGCCUAAAUUGGGAAUGCAGAUCACAAAACACCCCUAGAAAAAGUGGUGCCGUCUACUCAGCUACCUGUUGCACAGGGCUGGUACAGCUCUGUUUACCUAACCUGCUCUGUUGAUAUGGGAAAAGUGUGUUUGAAUGGGUGUUUGGAUAGAGGAGAAAGUCUAUUAAUGUAGGAGUUCCAGUUUUUGUGGUUUAAUUGGGUUUAUUUAUGUGCAUUAUGCACAGAACUGGCUGAAACACUAGGGGGCACAGUACAGAUGAAGAGUUCUUCUGUUGCUACAGGUUGGUUGUAGAGGGCACCAUCUUUUUUAUUUUAAGAGGAUUUUACAGGACCACAGAACUACCCCUGGUUUACAGCAAUCGUUUGUAAGGGUGAUCCUGGGUUGAUGCAAUCCAGCUGUUCACCCCGGUGCUGUAAAAUGAAAUGAAAUCCAGCUGUGGCUCAUCAGGGUACAGGCUGAUCAGAUCGACCCCCUUUUGACUCCCAACCAGGACGGCGAUGGGCUCUAACAGAACCAGGUUGGAGAAAUGUGCUGACAGACCAAUGAAGCAAACCUGAAGGUUUAUAAAAACAACAGUGUAUUGUACGGUACAUGUUUUCCAAAGCCAGCAUUUAACUGUGAAAUUGUCAUUGCCGCUGACUGGCAGGAUGUGAUGUACUUCAGCAAUUGCCCAUGGCUAAUACCCAUUUUAUACAAAUGCUACUGGUUUAAAAAAAAAAAAAAUGAUGAUCUGUUUUGUAAUGUUUUGUAAAUUCACUGGUGAUUGGCAAGAGGUGUUGGGGGUGAAAGAUAAGGGAUGCAUUUACUCAAGUGGAAUGUUUAUCAAAGGAAAACCAAAUUGGGAACGUUUGCAAGAAAAAUACAUGGCUCUGAAAAUGACCACAAUGAGUUUUUCACUGACCAAUGUUCCAUUUUUUUUUCUUUGGUUGCCCAUUUUCUAAAUUUUUCCCCAAACCAUUGAUACCCGAAUGUAGGAGAAAGGAUUAAAUAAAAUGUGAAAACCUGAUCCUUAUAGAAAGAAAAGUAAAUGCUGUGCAGUAAACUGGUUACUGUUCAAGAAUUCUCUGUAUUGAUGGCAUGUAGGCAGAGCAGUAGAACGUAGAAAGUGAGCACCUGUACCACAGAGGGAAUGAGAUUUGAAGCUACAGUACUCUUUUAAACUGCUUCAAGCUUUGCGUGGGAGUAACACGUGUAAGGGAAUCUGACCUGUAGAGUGAGAGGCAGUGUGGAGCCCUGAGAGGUAAAAAAAAAAAGAUUGUUGUACAUGGAGGGGGGUGUGUGUGAUACACAAGGGGGCUCCCUCCAGGUACACACCUUCUCAAAUAGAGGACUUGGGUAAAGACAGGCGCCCUCUUGUUCAAAUUAACUGGAGACCGUUUUCAAUGCUGCUUCUGUGCAAAAUUGUCAUUAAAAUUAAAUAAUAAUCUGAUGUCUUUCACAAGCUUCUCCAGUAACUUUACCAAAUGUGAUCAUUUGAAAACAAGUCGAUAUUCAUUCCAGAGCCCCUAAUUUGGACCCUAAAAGACACAGCAGUUAAAUUAAAAUAAGCCAUUUGUUGUUUUUUUUGUUUGGUACACUUUUCUUUGACAAAAAGAGUGACAAAAGAGAAACAAAAGCAUUGCAAAUCAGUCCCAAUAAAAGUAAUUCCAUUUAGGAAAAGAAAAAGCACUUUGAUCUGAAAAAAGCAUAUCUUUAAUUGUUAUUUAUUAUUAUUAUUAUUAUUAUUCAGAGUGUCAGGCUGAGUCUUGGCGUGGUUCUAUGUUUGUUCUGUGGUGAUAGCCUUGCAUAAAUUGUCUUACGUGAGAAACGUUUGCAUUUUUAGCCCCAAGCUUCUGAAUUUAUUUGUAUAAAAUUCAAAUUUUAAAUUAUUCAGCUGAAGACGGGAGCAAGGCAUCUUGGUGGUUUUGGACACCUUUUCUGACCUGUUUACCUCAUUAAAUUCUCUGCUGUCGUAGCCUGAAAACUUAAGGAUGAUGUCUUUAUUUCAAGGGGUUUUAUUUUUUUUCCCCACAGCAGAGGAAUUUACCUAAAAGCACGGUCUGAGUUCCUGCUCCCUCUCGCCCCCACACCUCCAUUCCUCUUCCCAUUGGCUCAUGCUCCGAGUUGUUUGAUUGGUGGAGAGUUUCUGGGUGCAGUAUCCUUGCUGUGCACGUGUGCAUCGGUUUAUCUGGAAGAAGUAGACCUGUCGAGAAUUAAAGCACAAGCUGGAGGAACUUUUUAUAUACACUUGCAUGCUCCUGUUUUUGAUCUUCGCAGUCGUCCUCCGUUCUGUUGCUCCAAUAUUGAGCCUUAAUCGCGUUCCCAACAACUAACAGAGCUAAUUGUACUACUGGUUGCAGACUGCUAAGUGACUGCCCAUUUUUUCUUUUUUGUGUUUUCCCAAAAUGUGAUACUACAAAUGUGAGUGGAGGGUUUAGCAUACGAGUGAGAGAAACUCUUAAGCGUGCUUGGUGCAUCCUGUAGCUCUAGUUAUUACUUGACAAUUGCUUUGCACUUUCCUUUAAGGUUUCUUAAGUGUGUUCUGCUUCAGCUUUGAGUCUACAGCAGAAUCGGUCAUUCAGUGGCAGGUUGUGCUGUGAAAGAGAGACUUUGUGACGUUUGUCCGUCCCAUACUGUGUCCUGUUAGCACAGGAUUUGAAAUACCAAUGAAAGCAAAUACCAUUUCCACUUGUCAUAUAAUGUACAAUAUCAGGAGUUAACCAAAAGUAGUCAGAAUAUGGAACCAAAAUACUAAGUUACUUUUCCAGCAGCGAUGCUCGUUGGAAACGGCUAUAGGAAAAAAUGAUUAAAGUGAAUUUCAGUUUUGCAGAAACAGAACUAAGAGCCACACAGAUCCACUGCAAACAUGACCUGCUUAAGGAUUUUUUAAAAAAUUUUUCCAGGAUCCUUGCAAACUAGACUUACAAAAGCCAACAGGCUUUGAACUGAAACCAGAACUAUUACCAGAGCAUAUUCUGUGUACUGUAGAGCUUGCAGCUGAUUGGCUUGUGCUCAGGAACAAGCCAAUCAGAUGUUAUAGAGCUAUGCAGAUCUGCUCAGAAUAUGCAGAAAAUAACAAGCCUUCAGUAUGGUUCUUGUGCCCAGUGACCAUCAUGGAACAUUGGUUUUUGGGGAUAUUUUUUGAGUCCAUGGGAGUUAGAAUCCCAGGGCCAGGGGGGUUGAGGGUUAAACCCACAUACACAAAAAUAAAAAGUAUAUUUGUUGUAUAAAUACAUGAAGUUUGUAAUGUUUUUCUAAUCCCUUAGACACAGAGGAGCCCCCUUUCUUUGCUCUUUCAAUAAGGGGAUGAUCCUCUAGUGAAGUCUAAGCCUUUUUCUAUUCUCAGCACAUUCUUGUACAGUUGUUUUAUUUUUUUGUUACUAAUGUAUUAAAAUUCCAAAGUGCAAUAUGCCUUUUUUCUUUCUCUUUUGAUUUUUUAACCUUGUUAGGAGAUGUUUCAAUUUGUAUAACCUUGUUAAGGAUUGCUAGUGUCUUUUUGUGUUCCUUUUUAUUAUUUUUUUUCCUGUGAAUGGUAUGGAUCGCUUUAAAAAUGACAAGAGAAACUACUGCAGAGCCUUUGUAUAUGUACCAUAUUGUAAUUAGAUAUAUUUGUGUAAUGGAGAUGAAUUACUGUAAGUUUUGUACUGUAUUGGCGGAAGGUCUAUUAUAAAUAAAUACAAGGAACUUUA